AUGUCGAGCGGACAUUCAGAGGAUCGUGGAAAGGAAAGGGAGCGCGGCGCCCGUCCCAAGACGCGCCAGAGCCGCUCAGAAGAACGACAAGACGAAAGACGGCACAAAGGAGGCAAGGGGAAACGGAAAGGACGCCUGGCACACGACCUAGCGUCGGAGCGACCGGUCAGCGACGGUUUUGAAUACGGAGACCUCUUAAACGGGCUGGAAUCCGGGAGCAGAAACUCGUCUUUUCACUGUCGCGAGCGGCGCUGGUGUCAGGUCCUGGGCUCGACGGGAUCCUCGGCGUGUGAAAAGGUCUCGCCCCGGGUCGCUCAGAAUACUUCAGCGGAGGAACAGCCGGCACCCGAGUCGAGCAAGUCUUCCAGCGGCAGUCGUACCCUCAGACAGAAGAUCCAGGAUGCUGUGGGUCAGUGUUUUCCCAUCAAGACGCACAGUGGAGCUUCAGCGUCAGGACCAGGUCUCCCUGCGUUUCCUCCCACAGCUUCCUCUCGCAGGAAGAUCCAUCUGAGCGAGCUGAUGCUGGACAGUUGUCCGUUCCCACCCGGGUCCGAACUCGCUCAGAAAUGGUACCUUAUCAAGCAGCACACGGCUCCCAUAUCCCAGCCACCCGCCCUCGAGUCCUUUUCCGCCGCCGGGGCGUCUGCAUCCGCGUCUGCAUCCGUGGUCGAGGACGAGGACGAUCGGUUACGGGAGCGCCGAAGAAUCAGCAUCGAGCAGGGCGUCGAACCGCCACCCAACGCCCAGAUCCACACGUUUGAGGUUACGGCACAGAUCAACCCGCUGUACAAAUUAGGUCCUAAACUGGCACACGGGAUGAACGAGCUGGCGGGGGACGACCGCGCCACCCUUCAGCAACAGCAGCAGCACAUGUUACAGAGGCAGCAGCAGCAGCACCAACUGCUUCUUCAGAGCUGUUUAGACACGCUCGAUGAGGUGGUGGCGUCCGCGUCAGCAUCGGCCCAGUCGUUUUCCGAAUCCCAUCCGGAUUCCGAUUCGUCCUCCUCGUCUCCCUGCUCCGUCUCGAGAGGAUCGCUGGUGCCGUCGGAGCACUGCAAACACCAGGACGGUCACCGCGCCCACACACAGAUCGACUACAUCCACUGCCUGGUGCCCGACCUGCUGCAGAUCACCGACCUGCCCUGUUACUGGGGCGUCAUGGAUCGCUACGAGGCCGAGACGCUCCUGGAGGGCAAGCCAGAGGGCACCUUCCUCCUCCGGGACUCGGCCCAGGAGGACUACCUGUUCUCGGUGAGCUUCCGGCGGUACGGGCGCUCCCUGCACGCCCGCAUCGAGCAGUGGAACCACAACUUCAGCUUCGACGUGCACGACCCCAGCGUGUUCCACGCCCCCACCGUCACCGGCCUCCUGGAGCACUACAAGGACCCCAACUCGUGCAUGUUCUUCGAGCCGCUGCUGUCCAACCCCAUCCACCGCACGCGGCCGUUCAGCCUCCAGCACGUCUGCCGCGCCGUCAUCAGCAGCUGCACCACCUACGACGGCAUCGGCGCCCUCCCCAUCCCCAGCGCCCUCAAGGAGCACCUGAAGGAGUAUCACUACAAGCAGAGGGUGCGCGUACGGAGACUGGACACUGGCUGGGAGUGAAAACUCUGUCACUCUGUCACCCACCGUGUGCACUACUAACCCCGGCGUUCUUAUGCUAGCAGAUAAAUUCAAUUGAUGAGUUAAAAGUCUGGACACAGUGAGAACGUUCCUGACAUUUCCGAGGACAGGCUCGAACGAUCCGGUGCGCCCACACAUGCCAAGUUUAGAUAUAAAAUCCAAGAAUUCUACUGCUAAUUUAAUGAAGACUACUGUCCGGUUGCUAACCGCUUCUAUCGCCAGUACAGACUAGUGCUUUAUAGCUACCGCGGCACUCCACGAGCAUGCUAACAUCAAUCCAGACAAGACAGCACCACUAGCUCAGCGGGUCCAAUCUUAGUUUCAUGAACAACUGGCCCCCCCAUUCAGCCGAUUAGUAGAUUAAGACCAAGACUAAUUGAUUAACGAGUGGAAUCAGGUGUAGCUUGUCCGGCUAGUUUUGCUAAGAUUGGACACCCUGAGCUAGACAGUUCAUACUAACCUUUAAUGAACCAAACAAACAAACCCAAGCAUGCCAGCGAUGGUAAUGCCCAUACUUGGGUCUGU